GAAGAAUUCUACCCAGGCACUGUUUAGCAGUACUCUGUAUCAGAAGCUCCUCCCAGUCCCAGCUAGCUCAUCGAUCGCCAUGGCGCAGGCGGAGAGCGAGCGCAUGCGCGUGGUCAUGUUCCCGUGGCUGGCGCACGGCCACAUCAGCCCGUACCUCGAGCUGGCCAAGCGCCUCAUCGCCAGCGCCUCCAACGACCACCACCUCGACGUCGUCGUCCACCUCGUCUCCACGCCGGCCAACCUCGCGCCCCUCGCGCACCACCAGACGGGCAGGCUCAGGCUCGUCGAGCUCCACCUGCCGGCGCUCCCUGACCUCCCGCCCGCGCUGCACACCACCAAGGGCCUCCCCGCCCGCCUCAUGCCGGUCCUCAAGCGCGCCUGCGACCUCGCCGCGCCACGCUUCGGCGCGCUCCUCGACGAGCUCAGCCCGGACAUCCUCGUCUACGACUUCAUCCAGCCGUGGGCGCCGCUCGAGGCCGAGGCACGCGGCGUUCCGGCGGUCCACUUCGCCACCUGCGGCGCCGCCGCCACGGCGUUCUUCAUCCACUGCCUCAAGACGGACCGGCCACCCAGCGCCUUCCCGUUCGAGAGCAUCAGCCUCGGCGGCGCCGACGAGGACGCCAAGUACACGGCGCUGGUCGCCGUCCGCGAAGACAGCACCGCCCUCGUUCCCGAGCGCGACCGCCUGCCGCUCAGCCUGGAGCGCUCGUCCGGGUUCGUGGCCGUCAAGACUUGCGCUGACAUCGAACGCAAGUACAUGGACUACCUGUCCCAGCUCUUGGGCAAAGAGAUCAUCCCCACCGGCCCUUUGCUCGUCGACUCCGGUGGGUCGGAUGAGCAGCGCGACGGCGGCCGCAUCAUGCGGUGGCUCGACGGCGAGGAGCCAGGCUCCGUGGUGUUCGUCUCCUUCGGCAGCGAGUACUUCAUGUCGGAGCUCCAGAUGGCGCAGAUGGCGCGCGGGCUGGAGCUCAGCGGGGUGCCCUUUCUAUGGGCGGUGCGGUUCCCGAACGCAGAGGAUGACGCCCGCGGCGCGGCGAGGUCCAUGCCGCCGGGGUUCGCGCCAGCGCGCGGGCUGGUGGUGGAAGGGUGGGCGCCGCAGCGGCGCAUCCUGUCGCACCCUUCCUGCGGCGCGUUCCUGACCCACUGCGGGUGGAGCUCAGUGCUGGAGUCGAUGGCGGAAGGGGUGUCGAUGGUGGCGCUGCCGCUGCACAUCGACCAGCCGCUGAACGCCAACCUCGCGGUGGAACUGGGCGCGGCGGCCACGCGCGUGAAGCAGGAGCGGUUCGGGGAGUUCAGGGCGGAGGAAGUGGCGCGGGCGGUGCGCGCGGCUGUGAAGGGGGAGGAAGGGGAGGCGGCGAGGCGCCGCGCGAGGGAGCUGCGGGAGGUGGUGGUGCGGAACAACGGCGACGGACGGCAGAUCGCGACGGUGCUGCAGAGGAUGGCGCGGCUCUGCGGCAAGGGCCAGGCCGUGCCAAAUUAGUGGGCUUUUUAAAGUGGUUUUGGUUGAAAAUGAAAGAAGGAAGUCCAUUUCUCACCCCGAAAUGCGCCUGACGGAACAACCCCCGAACUCUAUUUGAGUACAACGGUACAGUUUUGAAUUUGACCCCAAAUGUACACCGCCGGUUAAAUCUCUCCCAAAGACCGUGCUUGAGAUGGGUGUAAAAUGGAGCAACAUGGAGGUGUUUUGUUUAUCGGUGUAACUUACGGAUCCGGCUUGCCUGCUCCCUUCCCAUGCUUCCAUCCGUGCUCCCAUUUCAUCCUAUGGCUGUCUUUUUUUUCCUUUUUCUAAUUUAGUCA